AUGGGAUCUGAGAUAGAUGAUGCUAUAUCCUUUACUGAUUUAGAAGAUGAAAAGGAGAAUAUAUUACCACUAAGACAUGGACGGUCUGCAAGAAUCUUACAUGAGGUGUUGUCAUCCGAUGCCGAUCAACUAGAAAUAAAGAUAAAUUGGUUUGAAGAUAAACUGAAAAAUGAUAUCGAAAACAAAUUUAAUAUAUAUGUAGAAUAUAUUAAUUGGCUUCAAGAAUCUUAUUUUAAAGGACCUAAUGAUUUUUUAUUAGAAGUGAUAGAGAGAUGUUUAACCUCUAUGAAACAUGAAGAACAAUAUCGUAAUGAUCCAAGAUAUUUAAAUAUUUGGUUAUUAUAUAUUAAUUCUUUCUUCCAAGAUUCAAUGAGAGAUCGAAGAGAUAUAUUCAUCUAUAUGUUCAGAAAUAAGAUUGCUAAUUUAUUAUCCCUCUAUUUCAUUGAAUUUUCAAAACUUUUGCUUGAAAUGGGAAAUUAUAAUGAAUGUCAUGAUUUCUUAAUGAUAGGUAUCCAAAAUCAUGCUUUACCUAGUGGUCAAUUAUUAAACAAAAUAAAUGAAUUAGAAGAAUUUUUCCAAUUAAAUAAUAUAUCAAUCGAUAGAAAUGACAAUGAUUCAUCACUAGACCAUCUUUUAUUAAAAUAUGGGAAUAUAUUAAUUCUUAAUAAAGAUCUAAAGGAUAUAUUAGCAUCUAAAAAAUUAUCAGAUAAUAUUAGCAAUGAGAACAAUAAUAAUAAUAACAAACGUAAAGGCAACAAUAAUAAAAAAUUAGAGAUUCGUGCUGAUAAUGAAGAUCAUGGUGAUUCUAGCUCAACCAAACUAGACAUAUUCAAGGAUAACUGGACUAAUUUUGAAACUAAGGCCUCUAGAUUAAAAGAAAAUCGAUCUCUAGUGACACCUUUGCAAUCAAAUACCAUUAUUGAGCCAAUGAAACAAGAAGCUGAAUCGAUAAUUAGUAAUGUGGCGGGACCAUCUUCUAAAAUUUCAAUUUUUAACGAUGAUAUCGGUAGAACAAAACCUGUUUAUAAAUUAGUUUCAAUAGAUGGACAAAAGCCAGAAAGAAUCGAUUGUAAUUUUAAUCUCAUAUAUUCUAAAGAUAACGAAUUCAGUUUGGAACAAUUAUUAGCAACAAUGACGGGUUGUUAUAAUAAGUCCAAUAAAAGAAAAUCAAACUCUUCAGUUGAAGCACAAACAGGUGAAGUAAAGAAAAGCAAAUUGAACGUAGACACAGAAAAUUAA